AUGCUGGGAGAAGGGAAGAUAAGCUUUUGGGAUGAUACUUGGCUAAAAGAUCAGCCGAUUUCUGAAUUCUGCUCCAUGACGGGAACUCCAUCGUUUGCAAGAGUGGAGGACUUUUGGACAGAUACUGGCUGGAAUGAGGAGGUUACCCUUGACGUGCUGGAUGAGUGGGGUGUGCCGAGAGAGGUGUGUGAAGAGAUCAUGGAUAUACCAAUUAAUACAGGGGCUAAGGACAUUGGCAGAUGGACCUUGACCCCACAUGGAAAUUUUACUGUGGCCUCGGCAUGGGAGCUGAUAAGGAACAGAGGAGAAAAAAUGGAGGUGUAUGAGUUCAUCUGGGGCAAAGGCAUUAGUCCUACAAUAUCUGUGUUUCUUUGGAGACUCUUAGCCAACCGAAUCCCUGUGGAUGCAAAGCUGCAAUGGAGGGGAGUUUCUCUAGCCUCUAAAUGCCAUUGUUGCUCGGAACCAGACAUGGAGACAAGACUACAUCUUUUUGUGAAUAGCGAGGCAGCAACUGGUGUGUGGAAUCACUUUGCAAAAUGGUUCCCGCAGGCUCCGAAUUUUGAUAGGGGAGGGUGUAAUCUGGAGGAUCGGUUAAGGUGGUGGCAAAGACACAAGAGAUGCAAUAAUAAACAUCACCUCUGUAUUUUGAUCCCUUGCUUGAUUUACUGGUUUCUUUGGACAGAAAGAAAUGGGUGCGUCCAUUUAGAGAAAAGUUUCAAAGUGGAAAACAUUUGUAGAAGAAUUGUCAUCUACUUGAGGAAUCUAGUUUUGGCGGGUCAUCUGGGACCGGAGCAAUGGAGUGAAUGUGAACCAAAAGUAGACUUCAUGGUAGCGCAGACCGAGAAGAGCAAGGAGAAGAGAGUGGAGAAGGUCCUGUGGAGGCCACCUGAUUGGCCUAGAAUAAAAAUUAAUACUGAUGGAUCGUUUGAGGGUCGAACAGCCUCUGGGUUUGAAGCUGAAUUAAAGGCCUUGUUAGAAGGAGUGAAGGUUGCAAAGCGUCACAACACCAAUUUGUGGCUGGAAACAGAUGCAGAAGUUAUGAGCUUGCUUCUGGAAAAGAGGCAGCUGGGUCCGGCAGAAACAAGACAUACCAUGGCCAAAAUCAUCUUGGAGCUAAGAGGGACACAGUGGAGGAUAUCAUACAUUCGACGGGAAGGAAACAAGGUUGUAGAUUGUCUAGCGUUAUUAGGGAGAGACAGCCAAGCAUUGGAAAGAUUUGAAGGAAACAAUAUCCCAGCUCGGGCAAGAGCUCUGGCCAGAUUGGAUCAACUCGGCAUGCCCAGCUUUAGAUUUUGA